GCGGGUACGCCUGGAGGCAGCCGCGAGGGACCGAGGCUGGGGACGCGGGCGGCCGCCAAGGUCACCGAAGCCGGGACAAAGGACGCGUAGGAGACCGGGCCAACGAGAACAGGGCUAGGCGACUUCCGGCAGCGCGGGCCGUCCACCCCCGACUCCCGCCCUCUCCGAGGACAAAGCGGAGCGCGACGCGCGGCCCCGGCCCCGCCCUCGGCGCGCGCCCGGACACCCGGCACGGGAACGCGCACAACGGUUGGAAAUGGCGGUUAAGGCGGAGGAGGGGCUGGGGGAAGCGAACUUUCUAGGCGCUCCCUGGCUCGGGUCACCCCGCCGGCUUGACAGGAGCCGGUGGCGCUUCUCCAGGCUGCCUCCUCCCUCGUUCCAUUCUUGAUGGACGCUUUCGGGACUGGAAAAACUGUGUCGUGGGCCGUGGAACAAAGGAGGGAGCCACGGUAGGCGUGGGCGCAGCCACAGGAACGCUCCCUAAGAUGGCCGCCGCCGCGCGGGAGGGUGGGCAGGGCCCUCAGCUUCCGUCGCGGGCCGGAAGUGACGACUGGCACCCAUGGCUGCCGCGCGAGAGCCCCAGGAGCCGGAGAGGAAGCCCUUUAAGCUCCUAGGAAUUUUAGAUGUUGAGAACAUUCCAUGUGCACGAGAAUCUAUUCUAUAUGGCUCACUAGGAUCAGUUGUGGCUGGACUUGGACAUUUCUUGGUGACCAGCAGGAUUAGGAGAUCAUGUGAUGUUGGAGUAGGAGGAUUUAUCCUGGUGACUUUAGGAUGCUGGUUCCAUUGUAGGUAUAAUUUUGCUAAGCAGAGAAUCCAGGAGAGAAUCGCCAGAGAAGGAAUUAAAAAUAAGAUUUUAUAUGAAAGCACCCACCUUGAUCCUGAAAGAAAACUCAAGAGCAGUAGCAACAGCUGAGCAACCCUGAGCAUAAAGAACCCAAAGUGAACUACUUACUCCUCUGGAACACCACAAAUGUAUAUACUGUGUACAAUAAAAAAACUCAAAAUUGUGUGUGAAUUGUAUGUAUUGUGUCAUUUGCAUGAAACGUUUCUGGUCUUGGAAGCCAGUACCGUAGUAUGCUUGUUAUACACUGCACAAUUCUCAUUCAAAAAACACAGGAGUGUAAAACCUUCCUAUGUGUUGUAUGCACUAAACCAGACUGAAGGAAAAACUGCACUUCAACAAGGAUAUCCAUUACCGGUCCUACUGCUGUCAGGAUGACCCAAAGGACAAUAUCUGAAAUUAUUCUGUUCUCUAUCCUUCAACAAAAAACUGUUUUCCUUUUGAUCACCAUGAAGGGUGGGGUGCAGACUUGAUGAUGGUUUUUACACACACAUAUAUUAUUUUAAGUUUUCAGCCGGUAACCACCUCAGGACUUAGCCAUUGAUAUAAGGGAAUUUCCAGUAUUUGUCAAUGGUGAAAUGGCCAACCUAUUAGUUUAACAAGCUGUGCAGUGAGUGUUCUUAAGCUCUCAGAUUGAACCUAACAGGGUUGUUGAUUUAAGUUCUAGCUUUAUCAUACUGCAGUUAAUAUCUUACCGUGAAAGAGAAACCUUUCUUGGCCAGUAACAUUUCCAGUAUCUUCACUACUUACAAAGUUCAGUUUCACAGCAGCACAACUGAAUAAAAAGAGUCACAAAGCAUUUAAGUUUUCUUGGCUUCCCUGGAAUGUUUUCUAUUAUUUCUGCAAGCACUAUGUUUUUAGUCUUGUACUCAUCUCACUGCAAGCAUCCCAAUGCUGGUAUUACAGGUAUAAUUACUACGGACCAGCUUAAUUCAACCCACUGUCAUCCCAACCCAAAUGACACCAAACCUCUUGCACACCAGAAUCGCCAAGCUUGCCAGAAACCUUUGCUAACCUUCUAUUUUCCUCAGAAACAGGGUGUGCCUUUAGUAGAUAAUUUUGCAUCAAGCCACACCACAUGUAGGUUCCCAAAAGGUCAGGCUUAAUUUUGAGUUACAGUGCUAUGUAUUUACUAGGUAGGGUCUAAGAUACCAUGUCCACCCCAAACCCAAAAUUAUAUUGCAGAUUUUAAGCUCAACCUACCUUCAACGCCCUCUUGCGCACAUUGCUUCCUUCAUGGUUCCGAUAAUCCCAAAUUUCAUACUAGGUGAUAAGGCAGUAGGUACCAGCUAAAUAGCUGAUUAAAAUAGAAUUGUAGUGUUAGUGGUGUUGAAGUUUCUUUUGGUAGUUUUAUCUAACAUCCUAGGCUGUAUUCCUUUCCCUCCUCCCUCAGCCCCUCCCUCUUUAAUUCCUUGCUUCUCCAUC